UGUCAAACUCAGCCAUUGACUAUAGACUCUAUUGAAUACUUUGCUAAUGAUCUUUAAUAGUGAAUAAAAUAAGUCCAGACAAAAUAAGUAUGGCUAAGGAAGAGGAUGAUGACAAUCUGCCCGAUAAAGAUGCAGCAAAGGAAUUCUACGCUAAAUAUGAACCGAAGGAAAUUAUAGGAAGAGGCAUAAGCUCAACAGUUAGAAGAUGUGUUGAGAAGGAGACUGGGCGCGAAUAUGCAGCUAAAAUAAUUGACCUCAGUCAAGAGUCUCAAGACGGUGUAGACACCCACAUAAUGAGAGAUGCCACUCGGCAAGAAAUUUCUAUAUUGAGAAUGGUUGCAGGUCAUCCUUAUAUUAUUGAGCUGCAAGAUGUAUUUGAAUCGGAAACGUUUAUCUUCUUGGUUUUCGAACUCUGUAAGAAUGGUGAAUUAUUUGACUAUUUGACAUCUGUGGUAACACUGUCAGAAAAGAAAACUAGAUACAUUAUGAGGCAGGUUCUGGAGGGCGUACGAUAUAUCCACAGUAAGAACAUUGUUCAUCGCGAUCUGAAACCAGAAAACAUUCUUCUCGACGAUCAACUUAAUGUUAAAAUAACCGACUUUGGCUUCGCUAGGGUGCUCAAAGAUGGAGAAAAGCUAUUUGAACUGUGUGGUACUCCGGGAUACUUGGCGCCGGAAACUCUAAAGGCAAAUAUGUUCGAAGACGCGCCCGGAUACGGGAAGGAGGUUGACAUAUGGGCGUGCGGCGUCAUAAUGUUUACAUUGUUAGUUGGUUGUCCACCGUUUUGGCACCGGAAGCAGAUGGUGAUGCUGCGUAACAUUAUGGAGGGGAAAUACUCCUUCACCAGUCCGGAGUGGGCGGAUAUUUCUGAGGACCCAAAGGAUCUGAUAAGAAAAUUACUCGUAGUGGAUCCAAAUGAAAGAAUCGACAUUGAAGAAGCUUUGCUUCAUGGGUUCUUCCAUACAGUGCUAUGGGACCAAGACAUGACACCGCUGAAGAAAUCCUUUUCCAGUUCGAGCCGGAAAAUGUCAAGAAUCGACCAGUUGGCAAUGGCGCUGAAGUCGAGCGGGUUCAACGCGCGCGGCAAGCUGCGGCUGGCGCUGCUGGCGGUGCGCGCGGCCGUGCGCCUGCGCCGCCUGCCGCACACGGCCGCGCGCGCCGUGCCGCUCGCCGACGCGCUCACCGACCCCUACGCCAUGCGCGCGCUCCGGAAGGUGAUCGACGGUUGUGCCUUUCGCGUCUAUGGACAUUGGGUAAAGAAAGGAGAAGGUCAGAAUCGCGCCGCACUCUUCGAGAAUAUGCCCAAAACAGAGCUUAAGAGUCUUUAUGUGAGCAACCUCAGUCGAUAACCAAUAAAUCGAUGUGUUUGGUUAUCUAUCUCCUUGCCGCAACUGUUCUCCUGGUAAUUUGAAAUACCAGGGCAGCAGUAUUAUAGAAGAUAUGAGUGAAGAUCCGAGACGCGAAUAAGCAUGUGUGAUGUAGGUUAGUCACAGUUGUUGGCCUUUGUAAUUCAUCUAUUUUAAAUGUAUAAUACGUCCAUUAAUAAAAAACACGUGUCACAUUGAUAAAAAGAAUUAUCAUAAAAGUAAUUACGAAUAACAUCAAUGAAAAUUGUACCAUUUCAAAUUAUAAGAAGUCUGUAUUGUUACUAUACAACAAUUUAAACAAAGUUUACAAAGUAGUUUUUUUUCUCAUUAAUUUUAAGUUAGUAGUACAUAGUGUUUUAGUAUUAUUGAAAUUGUAACUAAAUAAUUAGAGAAUUUAAAUUAUUUUUAUAUAACUAUGUAGUGUAAAGGCAAUGUAUAUAGAAUAAUUAAUUAAUUAAUAAAUACCUACAGCUUGUGAA